AUGCUGACGCUCCUCUCCCUCCGACCCCCGCCGCCCGCCGUCGCAAACAUUCUCCCCUCCGCCGCCGCCGCGCAGAGCCGUCCUCCACUGCUCCGCGCUCGCCGCACGGCCGGUCCUCCCCCGCCUUCAGCCGCCGCCGCCGAGUUCCCUGCCGGAUCGGUUCCGGGCAGCGGUACGCAGAUGCCGCCGCGCCGCCGCCGGCUCGUGGCCGGCAUCGACCAGGACGAGCUCCUCGACCCGGACGCGCUCGCGGAUCCUGACAGCAGCUUCUACGAGUUCAACGGCGUCAGGGUCCACCACAAGGUAUGCGCCCAUGGCGAGGACGAGGAUUCGGGCGGCCAGUCCUCGGGCUCCGCCGUCGCCAGGAGUCAGGCCGGGCUGCCCAUAGUGCUGCUUCACGGCUUCGGCGCGUCGGUGUUCUCCUGGAGCCGCGUCAUGCGGCCACUCGCCCGCAUCGCCGGCGCCAAGGUCCUCGCCUUCGACCGGCCGGCGUUUGGCCUGACUUCCCGGACCAGACGGUCCGGCGAUGACACCAAGCCUCUCAACCCUUACUCCAUGGCCUUCUCGGCCAUGGCCACACUGGCAUUCAUAGACCAACUCGGCCCCGGGAAGGCCGUCCUUGUUGGGCACUCUGCCGGCUGCCUCGUUGCAGUGGAGGCGUACUUCGAGGCGCCUGAGCUGGUGGUGGCGCUAGUGCUGGUUGCACCGGCGAUUUUCGCGCCGAGGAAGGGUGAGAAAGAGAACAGCGUAGGGGAGCAGGAAGGGGCAGACAAGAAGGAUUCUGAUGAUAACAAUGCAGCACCAAAUCCAUUUGCUAGGAUAUGGAGAGGGUUUCUUGGCAUGUGUAUGUGGCUUGCAGGGCUUGUUCUGAAGUUGGUCAUGGCAGUGCAGGAUACGGUCAGAGCUUUGUCUUCUAAGCUUCUUGUGGCUUUUCUACGCUCUUCAUUGGCGGCGAGUCUGGUGAGAUUGAUCAUGGAUAAAUUCGGCGUAACGGGCGUUCGUAAUGCAUGGUAUGACCCAAGCAAAGUAACUGAUCAUGUUAUUCAAGGCUACACCAAGCCACUAAGAUCCAAGGGAUGGGAGACAGCUCUCUUGGAGUACACUAUAUCCAUGAUUACAGAUUCUUCACCAAAGUCAAGAGUGCCAGUCUCGAAGAGGCUCUCUGAGAUCUCAUGCCCAGGUUCAACUAUAUGCUUCUUCUAA